CAUUCUUUGAACUCGCCCCCAAAAGAAGCAUGGGCUGGGAGCACCCCGUACCCACACCAACACCAUUUCCCGUAGCGAUGCACCUCGGGAGGACUCGCCUCGCCUCAGGAUCGCCUCAUAGCGCCGCACCCGCCACCACCGCCCGCCCGCUGCGGGGCCGCCAUGGCGGGCAGGCGCUGAGGGAAGGUGGCGGGCGCCAUCUUGUCGGGGGCGGAGCGGGGCCCGGCCCGCCCCGUGCUCUGCCUGGCGGGGCGGCCCCGGCCCCGCUCUACUCCCCGCUGCCGACCGAGGGGUGCGGAGUCUGGCGUGUUCUCCGUCGCUACCGCGGCUUCCAUCGCCCUUGCCGUCCGCUAUGGCAGGCUGUGGCUUGCAGCUUGGGCUGUUACUCUGAGCACAAACUGGAAGAGACGCCGUGGAGGAGCUGCCUGAGACGAUCUCCAGGAGUGAGCCUGGUGGUCUUGGAGAAAAAUAGCUUUCAUCAAAGUGCCAAGUGAAAGUACAAAGGAAGCUGAGAAAAGAGCCUGUGUGUGCUCAGGUUGCUGUCUGAGUGCUGUAAAGGAGCUUAAUGAACUAUGUAUUAACAUCCAUAAUAAUGUGGAGUCCUGAAAACGCAGAAGCGUUCCUGUUUCCCUCAUCGCUCCAACACAGUGCUUCAGUGAAGGAUUUCUUUGAAAACUUCCCUGAUCUCUUGGCAUCCAUCCCGCUGCCUUCCGCAGAAAGCUCUGGUGCUGCUCCCAGCUGUGACUGCCUGCCUCCUCCUCCGGCUCCCUCAGUUCACGUCAUCUGGCAGCCAAACCGUGCUAACGGUACUUAAAGUAAACAGCCUGAAUAUCCCAGCUGGUUUGCUGAAGAUAUCUGUGAUUCCUGGAGCUGCUGUUGUCUAAAUAAGAACCUGUCCUGUUAGUGCCUGGCCUUCAACCCAGAAACAUUCGCUUGGGUCCUGUAUGCAAGUCCAUGACAUACUGGAAACAAUGGGGAUUGGUAAGAAUACCACUUCGAAAUCAGUGGAGGCAGGAGGCUCCACAGAAGGCAAAUAUGAGGAUGAAUCCAAACAUCCCACCUUUUUCACUCUGCCUGUUGUGAUUAAUGGUGGAGCAACAUCGAGUGGUGAUCAGGAUACAGAAGACACAGAGUUGAUGGCCAUCUAUACUACAGAAAAUGGCAUAGCAGAAAAGAGUUCUUUGGCAGAGACACUGGACAGCACUGGCAGUUUAGAUGCUCAGAGAACUGAUAUGAUUUACACUAUUGAGGAUGUUCCUCCGUGGUAUCUCUGCAUAUUUUUGGGGUUACAGCACUAUUUAACAUGUUUCAGUGGAACUAUAGCAGUUCCCUUUUUGCUAGCUGAUGCCAUGUGUGUUGGAUUUGACCAGUGGGCCACCAGCCAGUUGAUUGGGACCAUUUUCUUCUGUGUGGGCAUCACUACAUUGUUACAAACAACUUUUGGAUGCAGGUUACCCUUGUUCCAGGCGAGUGCUUUUGCAUUCUUAGCACCUGCUAGAGCAAUACUCUCCCUGGAGAAGUGGAAAUGUAAUAAUACAGAUAUAACAGUUACAAAUGGAACAACAGAACUGCUUCACACUGAGCACAUCUGGUAUCCCAGAAUAAGAGAGAUCCAAGGUGCUAUUAUCAUGUCCUCACUGAUAGAAGUGGUGAUUGGUUUGCUUGGCCUUCCUGGUGCCCUGCUGCGAUACAUUGGACCUCUGACCAUCACACCAACUGUUGCUCUCAUCGGCCUCUCUGGUUUCCAAGCAGCUGGAGAAAGAGCAGGCAAACACUGGGGCAUUGCUAUGUUGACUAUUUUCCUCGUAUUGCUGUUUUCUCAGUAUGCCAGAAACGUCAAAUUUCCCUUACCUAUUUACAAAUCAAAAAAAGGAUGGACAGCAUAUAGACUGCAGCUUUUUAAGAUGUUCCCUAUAAUUUUAGCUAUUUUGGUGUCGUGGUUGCUUUGCUUCAUCUUUACUGUGACAGAUGUGUUCCCCCCUGACAGUUCCAAGUAUGGCUUCUAUGCUCGUACAGAUGCCCGACGAGGAGUGCUCUUAGUAGCUCCAUGGUUCAAGGUUCCUUAUCCUUUUCAGUGGGGACUGCCAACAAUUUCAGCUGCUGGAGUUAUAGGAAUGCUUAGUGCAGUUGUCGCUAGCAUUAUUGAAUCAAUAGGAGAUUACUAUGCCUGUGCCAGGUUGUCUUGUGCUCCUCCUCCUCCUAUUCAUGCGAUAAACAGAGGAAUUUUUAUUGAGGGUCUCUCCUGUGUUUUGGAUGGAGUAUUUGGGACAGGGAAUGGAUCCACUUCUUCCAGCCCUAACAUUGGUGUCCUGGGCAUCACAAAGGUUGGAAGCCGCAGGGUUAUUCAGUAUGGAGCAGCUUUCAUGCUUUUGCUUGGGAUGGUUGGCAAAUUCAGUGCUCUGUUUGCAUCCCUGCCUGACCCCGUGCUUGGUGCCCUCUUCUGCACUCUCUUUGGGAUGAUUACAGCUGUGGGUCUGUCUAACCUCCAGUUCAUAGAUCUAAAUUCUUCUCGCAACCUGUUUGUACUUGGAUUUUCCAUUUUCUUUGGACUUGUCCUUCCGAGCUAUCUCAAACAGAAUCCACUGGUGACAGGAAUAGCAGGCAUCGAUCAAGUAUUGAAUGUUCUUCUUACUACAGCCAUGUUUGUUGGUGGCUGUGUUGCGUUUAUUUUGGAUAAUACCAUUCCAGGAAGCCCUGAAGAAAGGGGAAUACGGAAAUGGAAGAAAGGGGUUGGUAAAGGAAGCAAGUCACUGGAAGGCAUGGAAACAUAUGAUCUGCCUUUUGGCAUGAACUUCAUCAAAAAAUACAGGUGUUUCAGCUUCCUGCCCAUCAGCCCUACCUUCAUGGGUUACACAUGGAAAGGCUUCAGAAAAAGCAGUAACUGCAGGAGUUCAGAUGAAGACUCAGAAGCUACAGUAUAGCCUUAGUUGAAACUAUAUUAUGUAGUUGUAGUAAAAGAUGUAUUUGCAGUUUCUUGCUGAUUAAGAAGCAUUAAAAUAUAUGUUUUGUAUAUCUGCAUUUAAAUUCUGGAACCAGAGCUGAGACAGAUUUAAAAAAAAAAAAAAAAGAGAGCGAGAAAAAAAGCUUUCCUGUUGUGGGUGGUGGUAGCCAGAUAUAGUGUCUCUGUUGGAUUUCUUUUCUUCCUUUUGUCCAAAGCUAUAGAUACCUGCGUACCCAAGUCUGCUUAUUUUAGAGGGGACUUAGGUUCCUGAAGUAUGUAGGUGCUAUUGAGAAUGUUACUUUUUAUAGUGAUUUUAUUUAAGUCAUUUAUGCUGGCAUUUUUGGCUCGCUCAUUGCUGGCAGUGUUAGUUAUGCCAGAAAAUCUGAAUCCUGUGAAAAGGAAAAAAUAAUAAUUCUAAUUAUCCUAAUCACGUCUAUUUUGUUUCUGACCACUGAUUUGCACAUUCCAUAGUUUCCCUGGAAACCAGACUUAGUUUAAACUGGCAAAUCCUAAGAGUAUUUUUCAGAUGGCUUGAUGGUUCAGUCAGAUGUCCAGCCUUAAGGCAGAAGUUUCCAUAAGAACUCUGCCUGUGAAAACUCUGAACGACUUCUAUUGGCUUCUUGCUUUAGAAAGAAUCACUCAUGUUGUAUCAGUUUGCAUUUUUAAACUUUUCCAUUUUCUGCUUGGCUUUUUAACCACCUACUACUGUCCAGCAGUAGGUUUUCUUUAAAGGGAUGUAUGUAGCUUGACUUUUAUAGAGAUGGGAGCCUUAACUUCCAGGUGGAACCUGAUAGCAGUUCUGACAGUGAAAUGAAUGUAUGCAGCUAGAUGUUUCCUAAACAAGAAGGCUAAAAAAGUGGUUCAGAGGGAUUCACACCUGUAUGCAUGUGAACAGAAUGCAACCAGCAUUCACUGGUGUGCAUCUGUGCAAAAUUUCUUGUUUGGAUGUUGAGAUCCAGUGCUGCCUAUGAUUGGCUUCUGUUGCAUUGCUUCUCUUUUUUUCCCUCUUUGUGGGAUUACUGUAAAAGCUCACUACUUCUACAGAGGUGAUCUUGAAUGGCAGAGACACUACAUUUGAUGUCCUCAUCCACUGAAUGGUUUAACGGGUAUUGGGUCCAACCAGGGCACCAUUCAGAUUUUUUUUUUCCUGGAAUAGUCUCAGCUCUGAUGUUAUGUGAGUGUUCAUGCUCAUCAUGCAUUCAUAAUUAAAAGUUUCAUUCAUGUUUAA